UUUCAGCAAAACCAUAUGCCUUCAGAACACUUGGAGAAUACUGUGAAAGAAUACUUCUUCAUUAAAGCUUGAAGCUGGUUUCUAUUCACUGCCAUUAUGUGGACGAGCACUGGCAGGACAUUUCUCAUUUAGUGGUCUGAAAAAAAAAUGUCAUAUGCCAUUAGAACAACAAAUAAUGACUGACUUUUCAUUUUUGGGUGGACUAUCACUUAAACAAUUUUCUUUAGUAUGAUGACAAUAUAAAACCCAGCUGUAUUAUUUUGGAAUCAGACGGGUCCAGUUAUGUUUUUGAUAAAAAAUAAAAAAAAAGAAAUGGCUUGGCUUUUUCCACAUCCUCAAAAUGGAUCUAAUGCAUUCUUAUCAGUGAAACGCUCCCAAACUUUUCCUAGUGUAAAAGCACCCUGUGUAAUUUUUCUUCCAGUGUGGUUAAUAAGUUCCCGCAAAUCCUCCAGUAAAGGAUCAUCUGAUGCAUCGCUGAAAAAGAUAUGAGAUUUAAUUGCACUUAAUUGCCUGAAGUGGCUGACCAUUGACGGCCUGAUGCUGCUUUUUCCUGAAAGCGCUUGUGGUACAAGCAUACAGGAAGGAACUGAAUGUUUAUUAGCUAGUGGCUCACACAUUUGCGUCAUUGACGGAAGCUCAUACCUUUCUCACAUCUGAAAACUGAACGCAACUUUUGUCUGCAAGUCAUUCCCAGCAUUAUACAUCUUAACUGUAACCGUUUGCUUUGUUUAACAGCCAAAGGAUGUGAAUCCUGGCGACCCAUCUGUGUACAACAGCUCUAGCCGAGCCGAGAGAAAGAGUGCAGUUCAAACAGGCAUGAGGCUGUUGGCCUCCUCGCCACACCGACUACAACAAACACGUGUCGUGCCUAUGGAGUUUUAACCCCUGCAGGAGUGCAGACUGCUUGGUCCACCGAGGCUGGUGAAGAAACACAGGUAUGUAUGAGCACACGCAGAUAUAACCGCCCCUCCGUUUGGUUCGACGCCAGAACUGUCCUCGAAUAACGAACAAAAUACUAGAGUGAGAGAAAGAGAGCGAGAGACUGAGGGUCCCAUGUGCCAUUGGGCAGCGGGGCUUUCGCCAUGAGCAGUACUCUGGGCAAAGAUAAAGACUCUAAGGAGAGGGAACCCAAAGCUGAAGGGAAAUCCAAAACCAAAGGGAAAGAUGCCAAAGACGGGAAGAAAGACACGAGCGGCGCUUCACCCGCGGUGGCCUUCACUUUGGACAGCACGAUAAAGCGACCCAACCCACCGCCCAGCACGCGCAAAAAAUCCAGCAAUGCAGAGGUCAUCAAGGAACUGAACAAGUGCCGUGAGGAGAACUCGAUGCGCCUGGACCUGUCCAAGAGAUCCAUCCAUCUGUUGCCCUCUUCCAUCAAGGAGCUGACCCAGCUGACUGAGCUCUACCUGUACAGCAACAAGCUGCAAAGCCUGCCAGCCGAGGUGGGAUGCCUGUCGGGGCUGGUGACGCUGGCGCUCAGCGAGAACUCUCUCACCAGCCUGCCCGACUCGCUGGACAACCUGAAGAAGUUGCGUAUGCUCGACCUGCGGCAUAACAAGCUGCGGGAGAUCCCAGCCGUGGUCUACCGCGUCAUCUCCCUCACCACGCUCUACCUGCGCUUUAAUCGGAUCACCACCGUGGAGAAGGACAUCAAGAAUCUUUCCAAACUCACAUAUUUGUGUAUGAAAGAUCAGUGUUCAUUUGUGAGGAUUCUGCCGGCUUGUGUUAUAGGUGAGCUCUGUAACUUGAUUACCUUGGAUGUAGCCCACAACCAGCUGGAGCACCUUCCUAAAGAGAUUGGCAAUUGCACUCAGAUCACCAACCUUGACCUGCAGCACAACGAACUUCUUGACCUACCUGAGACUAUAGGUAACUUGUCAAGUAUAAACCGUCUGGGUCUGAGGUACAACCGUCUAUCAGCGAUCCCUCGAUCUUUAUCGAAGUGCCGAGAGCUGGAGGAGCUCAACCUUGAAAACAACAACAUCUCAGUGUUACCAGAGGGUCUUCUCUCCAGUCUGGUGAACCUGACGAGUCUGACGCUGGCACGAAACUGUUUUCAGUCUUACCCAGUGGGCGGCCCGUCCCAGUUCUCCACCAUCUACUCACUCAACAUGGAGCACAACCGUAUCAACAAGAUCCCUUUCGGCAUCUUCUCCCGAGCCAAAGUGCUCAGCAAGCUCAAUAUGAAGGACAACCAGUUAACGUCUCUUCCGCUGGAUUUUGGGACGUGGACCAGUAUGGUAGAGCUGAACCUGGCAACAAACCAGCUUACCAAGAUUCCAGAGGAUAUCUGUGGACUUGUGUCUUUAGAGGUUCUCAUAUUGUCCAACAAUCUCUUGAAGAAGUUGCCUCAUGGGAUAGGAAACUUACGGAAACUGCGAGAGCUUGACCUGGAGGAGAACAAACUGGAGUCCCUCCCAAAUGAGAUAGCUUACCUUAAGGAUCUGCAGAAACUUGUGUUGACCAAUAAUCAGCUGACCACUUUGCCAAGAGGAAUCGGUCACCUGACCAACCUGACAUACCUGGGCUUGGGAGAGAACCUGCUGCAGCACCUACCUGAGGAGAUUGGUACACUGGAGAACCUGGAGGACCUGUAUCUGAACGACAACCCUAACCUGCACAGUCUGCCGUUCGAGCUGGCGCUGUGCAGUAAGCUGUCCAUCAUGAGCAUAGAGAACUGCCCCCUCAGCCACCUCCCGCCGCAGAUCGUCGCCGGAGGCCCGUCCUUUAUCAUCCAGUUCCUCAAGAUGCAGGGUCCCUACCGCGCCAUGGUCUGAGAUGGCUCACACACUGUACAAAGAGGAAACCGAUUCGCCACACAACAUUACCUUCGCCAUCAUUAUAUCUAGGACAGGAAACUGCGUAACUGGGUUCCUAUCGGUGGAGGAAUCGUAGCCAGUUAGGUCCCCUUUACCCCAGUAGAAAACAAUGUCUAGACUUCAGUUGCCAAAAUUAAUGUACAUUAGUGAUUCUGAAGAGGCGCUCUUAAAAUGUUUCAGUCAUUUUGCCAAUUUAUUGAAAGUCAUUAUAGGGGUUUCGACGCCAGGAAUCAGUUGUAUGCAAAAACAAAACAAUUCAUUUUUGCUGCUGCCGCCAUACUGUUAUGUGAGUGUUUUUUUUUUUGUUUUUGUCAUCCCACAACCAAAAGAUUUUUAUUGUACAGAGGAGCUGUUUUGGAAGCAGUGAACAAAUUUUAGUUCUUCUUUUUGUAUUAUUAUUAUUCUAGAAUUGUGCCUAUUCAGUGCAGUUGGGUGGUUUGUGUCUGAACAUUAUUAUCCAAGACGUUUUUAAUACAAAAAGGAUGAAUUUACAAAAUUAUAAUUUAUUCCGUAAUUCCUUUUCAUUUUGUAAUUAUUGUCGAUUAUUUUGUCGCUCCCUUUUUAAAAAUAUUCAUUCCUCUUAGUCUUCGCUGUCGGGACGUGUUGCUGCGCAUGACGUUUUAAAAUGAUGAAUCCACAAUCUUUUUUUUCCCUGUGAAAUAGUGAAGUAACAGAUGAAUCAAAAAUAGUUUUUUGAUAGCAAUCACAGCACUCAGAGGUGCAGGUCUGGUUUCGGCCGUCUCUGUUCUGGACGUGGGGUUUGGGAUUGUUUACUUGUUUGCCAUAGCCACAGUGUUGCUUGUGUCCUAUCGGUGAAAGUCGCAUCUCCAUAUCAGGUGCUGAACAGUGCUAGCAGUUAAAGGCCCGCGUUUACUGUGAGGAAUGCCAAACGCCCAUUCAACAUCACUUCCCUCCUUUUUUAAAUUCUGCAUUUGAAGGAUUUCCUGGUCCGUGUCAUCGGACCGGUUUAAACUUUUCCCUGUGAUUUUCUGCUCUUUUAAAUUCACAGAAUAUUAAAGAAUGAUUACCGGGGGGGGUUUUUUUUUUUUUUUUUUUAACCGUUUAUCCCACAUACACACUCAUAUGCUGCUGCUUUUAAUGCACUUUGUAUUGAUAUUUGGCAUCCCCCUCAAGUAAAAGGGUUGCGACAUUUCAUGUUACCGAUUAAACGUAUGGAAGGGGGCAUUUAUUAUUAUUAUUAUUAUUAUUAUUAUUUGUGAAGUGGUUUCUUUUAUUUUAAUUCUCUU